GGCGGCCGCUGCCAUGGAUCUAGCGGGGGCUCUGCAGCUCGGGGAGCUGGCGGCUGCUUUCGCCGCUCUGCCCGUUUUUCCGCUCUUCGAUGCGGCUUACUUCAUCGUCUCCGUGCUCUACCUCAAGUACGAGCCAGGUUAUCUUAUGAAUGAAAGAGCUGAACAGAUUGUUCAUGAAUUCUAGAGGGCACCUAGGUUGAAGCAAUGGAGAGAAUGGAGCCGUGGAGAUGUCUCGUAAGAGCCCUUUUGCCUCUUGGCUUUGUGCUAUGCUCCACUGCUUUGGAAGUUACAUACUUGCUGAUCUGUUACUUGGAGAAGCACCUAUUCAUUACUUCAGCAAUAACUCCAGUGUCAUCCUGGCCACAGCAAUCUGGUACUUGAUAUUCUUCUGUCCCAUGAACCUCUUCUACAAGUGUGUUAGCUUUCUGCCUGUGAAGCUCAUCUUUGUGGCGAUGAAGGAAGUGGUCAGAGUUCGCAAAAUUGCAGCCGGGGUCCACCAUGCUCAUCACCUGUACCACCACGGGUGGUUCAUUAUGAUGGCUACUGGAUGGGUCAAAGGUUCUGGUGUUGCCUUGAUGUCUAACUUUGAGCAACUGCUGCGUGGGGUCUGGAAGCCAGAAACAAAUGAAAUUCUUCAUAUGUCCUUCCCUACAAAAGCUAGUCUGUAUGGCACAGUCCUUUUCACUCUGCAACAAACUCACUGGCUCCCUGUCUCUGAAGCUAACCUCAUCUUCUUUUUCACCAUGUUCAUGAUAGUUUGCAAGGUUUUCAUGACAGCGACUCACUCUCACGCCUCACCUUUUGCUCCAGUGGAAGGCUUCAUCUGCCCAGUUUUCUUUGGCUCAGUUUCUAGCGGACACACUAGUCAUGAUCAGCAUGGGGCUUCCCACGAGGUUUCCCAUCCACCGCCUCCUCCUGUGAAGUCAAAAGAAGAGCUAAAUGAAGGCACAAGGAAACGGAAAGCAAAAAAAGCUGAAUAAAAAAAACAACCAAACAGUAAACAGGCCAAGAAAAAUCUUCCAGAGCUGUGUCUCAAAGCCACCUGUGGCAUCCUUUAUCCUCCAGUCGUCUUAGACUUCAGAGAGGUGGAAGCCAGGACACUGCCAGGCAGGUCCCUGAAUUUCAUUUGAGUUCUCUGUGUUGCUGCUUGCUUCUUCGUCUGUCUCUAUUCUGAUCAUAUUUUCAGGGAUUUGUAGAUUUGUGCCAGGAUGAUAAGUGGGUGCCAGUUCCCAAAUUGUCAGCAAUUAUGAUGCAGCAUUUUCAAUUGAUGUGAAAUCUUUCCCUGUGUUUAUUUAUGAAUGGCGGUAAUGGUUUGUGUUCCUGCCACUCUUCAGUUGCUGCGAGUUUUCAUUGACCUCUGUGAUGUCUACCAAAACAACAAACUGUUUAGACACAAUCAAUGUGGAAAUUGGAUUUCAUGCUCAAGGAAAUUAAAUGGUCUCUCAUGAGCCUGAUCUAAUUUUUCCUAGCUCCCACAUCUGCCAUAUCUCCAAUUAAUGUGACAUUUUAUAUGCAAUAAGGGCAUCGAGUCUGGUGUCCUGGCCAAAUUCUAUGCUGUGAAACUACUUUGUUUUUUUUUUUUCCUCAUCCAAGCUCCCUCUGAUUCUCAAUGGAUAUAACAUUGUCACUUUCUUAACUAAGUCUUUACAAGACCUUUGAAGCUGUAAAAUGCUCUUAAGUGCUAUGUAUUGGUACUGUUACUAUCCUCAACUGUUGUGUAGCCUUGCACUGUUAACAAUUGUGUGUCCCACCUCCAACCUGACUGUAUUUACCCGGGGAAGAAGCAUGGUUCUGGUUUGUUUGUAAUGCUGUGGGAUAUAAGAAGGGUGUGUGAGUGUAAAUACGUAUUUAUUACUAUUUAUUUAUAAUUGUCGGGGUACCUAAUGAAUGGACCUGAAACCACCUUUUUUAAACCAUUGCGUCUUUAUACAGGAGAAUUGGAUACUUCGAAGUACGGUCCCAAGCUGUGCUUGAAGCAGUGAUUUUGGUGUGCUAGGGGACAGCCCGAACACUUACCGUAUGCAGGAAGGAACACUUCCUAUAGUCUUAAAGUAAGAUAUAAGGGCUGAAGGAGUGGAUUUCACACCAGCUGAUUAAAACUACAUCAGCUGAAGAAAUUGAUUAUUCUUUUUAGGUCCCUUUUGGCCUGGUCUGUGAAAACAACUCAUGCCCAAUGAGUGAAGAAGGACAUGAAAUGCCUUGCAUGGCUCAGGGAGGAGUCUGUCAGUUUGUUCAUGUUCUGCUUAGCGAAUACUGGCUUUUAGGCUAGUUUUAAGCUGUUCUUGUAACUGAUUUUGUCUUCAGAAGUGUCAUCGUAAGCAUUGUGCCCUAAAGACUGUAACUCAUUCUGAGGUUGUUUUUUUGUUUGUUUCUGUUUUGUUUUUUAUCACCAAUGGCUGGGAUCACUGCAAUGGAAAAGGCAUGCUUGGGGGUUUAGAAUUGGGCUUUUAGUUAAGCAGUGUGUCGCCACGCCCAGCAGUAAGGAUUGCUGCUGUCAUCUUGCAACUGAGAAUAUAAAUUAGAGGAUGUAAGAAAAGUCUUUUUUUUUUUUUUGUUCCUGUUUCCUAAAUUGAAACUCUGACAGCUAAUUUUAAAAAAAAAAAGGACAAAGAAAAUUAACAAAAAAAAGAUUCUUGUAUACAACCAGAUGAAAGCCAGUGAAAGAGGUCAAAUUAUUUGUGGGCUUGGGUUCAGAAAGUGCCUUAACUUGUGGGUUUCCCUCCAGUAGAAAACAGCUUCUACCUGACAACCGUUCCAUUUUGCAGAUAUUGGUCUACUGAAACCUGAUGUAUCACUAGCAUGCACAAGACUAUAAAUAAUGUUUUAUGAGGUGUUGGAUUCAAGGGGAAUUUUGCUUUAUAAAAGCCCUUAACAAAAUAAAAAUUAUGAAGUGACUCGGUCCAAUGGCA